AUGGAGUCUGCACGUAAAGAAAGGAGUCUUCUGUACUUACUUCUCUUUGCAGUGUUCACGGCCAGCGUUUGCUUCUGUGCAAGAAGAUCAAAUGUUCGGAGAUCUGCAAAAAUGAAAAAUCGUCUCAGUCCUCCAUUAGACAUCCAACUGGAGACAAUCAACUGCACGGCCUUCAGUGUACGAUGGAAGAUGCCAAGGCGACAUGUUAGCACCAUCACUGGAUACAAGGUCUUCUAUACAGAGAUGAGGAAUGGCAAUCCAGUGGGCACAGCAUCUUUGAUGGAGGUGCCUCUCAGCUUGGACAUGCUUACCACUGGGCAAUUUGAUGGACAGGCAAGCUUUGAUGUGAACAUUGGUAGACUAAAGGUGAACUCUAAGUACAGAGUCAGUGUUGGAGCGUAUGGCUGGGCAGGGGAGGGUAGACCCAGCAUGCCCAGAGACAUCAGCACUGCUUCCCAUGAAAUGUGCAUGCCCCCGUCGCCCCCCACUCAGCCCGUUGUCAUGGCUGUAUCUGACACAGAGCUGGCGUUGUCAUGGCAGCACGGAGAGAGCGAGGGAAGUGCACCUGUUCUUCACUUCCUGGUGGCUUACAUCAGGCCAGAAAUGGACACGGAGUGGACGUAUAUUCGUGAGCCCAUUGAGACUAACUCCAUGGUUUUGAAGGGGUUGAUACCGGAAACAGAGUACCAGUUUGUUGUCAGGGCGGUCAACGUGCACGGAGUUAGCCCACCCAGCCACAUCAACAGCCCUGUGCGCACUCUCGGCGCUUCAGAUGUUGGCAGUGGUGAUUUUGGCCGUUACAUAACAGAUUCCAGGAUCAAAGAUGAAGAUGGCUUAGACAUUGAUGACUCGGAUUAUGAUAUCUUUAUUGAAGAGUUGAAGCCAUUCCCAGGUAUCAGUCAAGACAACAGGAAAUCCCAGCUCCGUUCACGCUCUGGUCCGCCACCUGGUCGGAACGUUGUUUACCGUAUGAACACCGUUGCUCCUCCCAAUGUUACUGCCCCCCCAGUUUCCACCACCACCUUGUCCAUCUUCCAAGACUUCACAGAUCUGGUCUUCUCAACCACUUCAGAGGCCAGACUUGACACCCCAGCUACAACACCACUUGCCACUACCAGCAUCACUUUGCCCACCACGACUACCACCCCAACCAUGUCCCCCUGGAAAGGUGAAGUGCCUCGUGUGUACGACCUGACCUGCGAUGAUACUGUGUGCCCCCCUGACAGCUUCUGUCUCAGUGAUUAUGACAGUGGAGGUUCGCGCUGCCACUGUAACCUCGGACGAAGAGGGGACACUUGCUCUGAGGUGCUAUCGUUGAACUUUCCUAAGUUCUAUGGUUACUCUCACAUGACCUUUGAACCCUUGAAAAACUCUUAUCAGACCUUUCAGAUCACUCUGGACUUCAAGGCAGACUCUGAGGACGGCUUGCUUCUAUACUGUGGAGAGAACGAACACGGCCGUGGAGACUUUACCUCUUUGGCUCUGGUUCGAGGCAAGCUGCACUACAGGUUUAACUGUGGUACAGGAGCAGCUCAGAUAGUCAGUGAGAGUCGUAUUGUUGUUGGUCAGUGGCACACAGUAACCAUCUUCAGAGACGGCAUGAGCGGCUGGCUCCGUAUGGACAACGACACCCCUAUAUCUGGACGCUCACAGGGCCAGUACACGAAGAUCACUUUCCGCUCCCCGCUGUAUGUGGGGGGAUCCCCGAGUGCUUAUUGGCUGGUCAGGGCGACAGGGACAAAUCAUGGCUUUGUGGGCUGCAUUCAGAGUCUGACCAUCAACAACAAGGCCACAGAUAUCAGACCCUGGCCUCUGGGCAGAGCUCUGAGUGGGGCUGAUAUAGGUGAGUGCAGCGACAGCGUGUGUGAUCUGGUCAGCUGUGCCAACGGCGGCGUCUGCUUUGCAAACCGUGCUGACGGCUACAUCUGCCUGUGCCCACUCGGCUUCAGGGGAGCGCUUUGUGAAGAGAGUUUCUCACUGUCCUCACCACUCUUCAAUGAGACAGUGUUUUCGUACGCCGUCAUCCCCUGGCCUCAGUCCUCUCAGAGUUAUCUGUCCUUCAUGGAGUUUGAGCUGACAUUUCGGCCAUUGAUGCCCGAUGGGAUGCUGCUGUACAGUGAUGACGCGGGCAGCGGAGACUUCCUGGCUAUAAACCUGGUGGACAGAUACGUAGAGUUCAGAUUUGACUGCGGCUCUGGAGGAGCAGUCAUAAGGAGUGAGGAGCAGGUCAGUCUGGACACAUGGCAUGAGCUGAGGGUGUCUCGCACAGCAAAGAGUGGUAUCCUGCAGGUGGACAGCCAGAGGCCAAUGGAAGGAAUUGCUGAGGGAGCUUUCACUCAGAUCAACUGCAGUUCACCUCUCUAUAUUGGAGGAGUGCCAGAAUAUGAUAAAACCAAGAGGACGGCUGGUGUAAUAAAGCCCUUCACUGGAAUUAUUCAGAAGCUGAUACUCAAUGACCGCACCAUCCCAAUAACAAAUGGCUCUGCUGGUGGUGUUAACAUAGCAAAUUCAGCACACCCAUGUGUGGAAAGUCCCUGCGCCAAUGGAGGGACCUGCAGGCCAAAGUGGGAUGGAUAUGAGUGUGACUGCCCCCUAGGGUAUGAUGGCAGGCACUGCCAGAAAGAGUGUGGGAAUUACUGUUUGAACACUGUGACUGAAGCCAUUGAGAUCCCACAGUUCACUGGGCGAAGUUACCUGACCUAUGACAACAGAGAUAUCCUUAAAAGGGUUACUGGGUCCAGGACCAACCUUUUCAUGCGUUUUAAGAGCACAGCCAAGGAUGGCUUGCUGCUGUGGCGGGGGGAGAGUCCAAUGAGACCCAACAGUGACUUCCUGUCUAUGGGGCUUCAGGAUGGUGCACUAAUCUUCAGUUACAACCUGGGCAGUGGUGCAGCUAGCAUUGUUGUCAACGGGACAUUUAACGAUGGAAAAUGGCACAGAGUGAAAGCAGUGAGGGAUGGGCAGUCAGGGAAGCUGACAGUGGAUGACUACGGAGCAAAGACGGGCAGGUCGCCAGGCAAAAUGAGACAACUCAAUAUCAACGGCCCUUUAUAUGUUGGUGGCAUGAAAGAGAUAGCGCUUCACACAAACAGACAGUACGUUGGAGGCCUGUUGGGCUGCGUGUCCCACUUCACACUCUCCACUGAUUAUCACUUAGCACUGGUGGAGGAUGCAGCUGAUGGCAAGAACAUCAAUACCUGCUCCAACUAGAAAAUGGCUUCGACACACAAAAAGUCCCUUUUCUGCACCAUUGUAAACUGGAGUGAACACCUCGACCAGCUGAUUUGUCGUCUUGAAACUGACUUGACAGCAACAAAUGAGCGAAAAACUAACACAACCUAAUUUUGGUUUACCGAUUCAGGGCUGACAUGGUAUAAACUCGAACUGGAAAAAGACUAACAACAAUGUUACUUGAGUCACAAGAGCCGUAUAAGUGGCUCUUGUGGCUCUUGUGUGGAAAGUUUUCAAACCAGCUCUAACCUGCCAGGUUGUGAGGUUUGUUUUAACAUUAACAACUUGAUGAAUUGCUCUGAAAAACAGUUUCGACACACGGCAACAGCAAAAAACGACCAGAGGAUAUUACAAAGCAAAAGUACUCUGUGA